AUGAAGGAUUAAUAGGGUUUAAGCAAAUUAAAAUCUUAGUAAAAUAAAAAAUUUGAAGAAAUAAUACAAAAAAAUAAAAAUGGUUUACCAGUUAUAAUAAAAGAAAUUGUUUUAGAACCUUCUAUCGAUAUUUUUUUUAAUAAAUAGACUUUUUCUAACGAAUAAUAAACACAAUUUUCUUAUAUUGCUCCAGAAGUUUAUAUUCGUAACAAAUAAUUAACAAAUAAUUUUAAUGAAUAAAGUGCUGUUUGGAAUUUAGGAAUGAUUGUUUGUUUCAUUUUUUUCCUAAUAGAUGUAGAAGCAGUAGAGACACCGUAAUAAAACAUAUAAUAAAAUUCUUUUAAAUUAAAUGCUUAUUCUUUAGGAAGUAAUUAUUACUUAGACUUGGUAAGAGAGUUAAUUGAAAAUAUGACCUUCAUAGCAACUGAAAAUAGAAUUUCUAUUGAAAAAGCUUAUAAUAAAUUCAAAAAAAUAAGAAAAAUGUUCUCUGAAUAAACUGAGCAUGGAGUUGAAAGUAAUUAUCUUGUUUAUCAUUCAAGAAUUAAUUUUGCAGGAGAAAAUAAUAUUGACACUUGUACUAAAUAUGAUAUAUGA